AUGCAGCUAACCACCGCAGCCAUUGCCGCCACCGCGCCUCCAUCGACACGCGUGCGGCGGCUACGGAGCGGCUUCAUCGGUUCUGCGGAGUCUGCAGCUGCGGCGGUGCCGCCGCGGCGGUGGCUCAGCGGUAUGGGGAGGCGGGUGUUGCCGCCGGCUGCAGCCGUGCCACCGUUCAAGGGCACCGAUGGUACCUCUACCGGCGGCAGUGCUGCCGCCGGCGCCGCCGGUGCCGUACAUGCCUCCCAGACGGACACCCAGACGGGCCUUGUGUUUCAGCCCAUAGGCGAGGAGGUGAGGCCCCUGGUGGCGGAUCUGGACGAGCAGCUCAUGAACCCGGCUUCGGAGCCAGGCUGUGCGGGCACCCGCUCUAUGGCUCGCAGCGGCUACUCGGUGGACGUGGAGGCGGCGUUCAACGAGCAAAUCAGCAUUGAGCUGACCAUGAGCUACAUCUACACGUCCAUGUACGCCUUCUUCUCCCGGGACGAUGUUGGCCUGCCCGGGUUCGCGGCGUACUUCCGUCACAACAGCGACGAGGAACGUCACCACGCCCGACUGCUGUUGGACUACCAGACCCAGCGCGGUGGUCGGGUGAAGCUGCUGCCCCUGGCUGCCCCGGAGACCGAGUACUGGCAUGCGGAGAAGGGUGAUGCGCUUCACGCCACGGAGCUAGCCCUGAGCCUAGAGAAGCUCAACUUCACGAAGCUGCGGGAGCUGCAUACGGUGGCGCAGGCGGCGGGGGACGCGGAUGCGACCCACUUCAUCGAGGACUACUUGCUGCAUGAGCAGUCUAAGGAUGUGAAGGCGGCUGCCGUACUGGUCAGCCAGGUGCACCGCGCGGGUCGAGGCCAUGGUGUCUUCCACUUGGACCGCGUGCUGAGCGAGGAGUACGGCAACAAGGAGGGUGUCAUCGCCUAG